AUGGCGUAUCGGGGGAACAUGCGUGGAAGUCCAAACAACGGUCCUCAUUUUGGACAAAUUCUCGAGCAACAGAAUGACAACAAAGUUGACGAUUUGGCCACAAAAGUCUCUGCGCUUAAAAGGAUAACAUUAGAUAUCGGCGAAGAGGUGCGGUCACAGAAUCGAUUAUUGAAUGACAUGGACACUGAAUUCGACUCUGGAAAGGGCCUUUUGCAAGGAGCGAUGAGACGUUUGGGAAUCGUUGGUCGAAGUGGUGGAAAGAAUAUGUUAUUAGCUCUCAACUCGUUCUUUGCUAUAAGUGUCCCCUUCCACGAGAUGUCUUUCUCUCAAGCGGAUGCUCCCUACGAGUGGUCCCCUGAAAUCUUCGAGUAUUACCAGUACGAGCCUCUCGACUCAAUCUCUUCUUGGAGUGGCACAGACUACUCUCCUUCUACCACCUACUCUACACUCUGCCAGUGCUGUGUUUGGCUGAAUUCACAUCUCGAUUCAUCCAUCUAUCCACCGCAAAAUCUAUCCACAAAAACCGACGACCGCUUCUCUUUUUCAACUUUCGAGUCUGUACAGGCUGCCAAUGGUUUCCCCACUUUUCCAAAUUCUCAAUCAAGCAAUCCUGGGAAACAGUUCCCCCUUCUUGAGGACAUUGAAAUGUUUCUUGAAGAAGAAAAAAGAUCGAAAUCCGAGGAAAGGAAUACCACGCCAAGUUCGGAUUAUUCGUCAUCCUCUGAUGAGAUUCUCAUUCAAGAUGGUGAUGGUCGAAUGCCGAAAAGAAGAGAAAAGAAAAAACAACAAAACCGUGAAGCAGCCACUCGAUACAGAGAAAAGAAAAGGAAAGAGAGACAAGAAGCCAAACAAAAAGAAGAUGUGCUCAGACAGCAAAAUGAAGUUUUGAAGAUAAAGAUCGGCGAAAUUCAAACAGAGAUCGACUACCUGAAGCGGUUGAUGCAUGAAAUCGGCAUGGACGACGAGCACAUCAAAUACAUCUCACCCGUUGUUCCCCUA